CUUGAGAAUACACUAACUUACCAGUUUGAGCGCACUUUAGAAACCGGACUCUCAUUCCAACGCUUUUUCAGUCAUCUAUUUCAGGUUUUCAGCACCUCAAUGUACUAUAGAAAACCCUAUGUCCAUGUUAUUUUACGAAUAAUGUCAAAAAUGGUGGCCAAAUAUCAAUCGCUUUUCGACGAAUGCGUACCUCAUGAUUUGACUGGAGCACGCUCGUCCUUGGUGUCGUACUGGCUGAAUGAUUCUCAUCUGAGCAAUAUAACGCUGUCUAUUUUGGCUGGGGAGCUGCAACUCAUUCCGGAGGAGAUUUCCGUGCAACUGAAAGACGGAGGUAAACUUUUCAAGUUGGCUGCUCUGCAACCAAAUCCUCGGUAUGAGGCUCUAGCAAAACUGCUGAAAAGUUUGGAAGCCACAUUGGACUGGUUGCCUAAAGUGAAGCGCGAAGUUGAACCUGUCAGUGAGACAGUCUCCAGUAUGACGGUAUUGAAGGCGAAUUGGCAAUUCAUGGACAGGGGAUCCAUCUCUACCGUUGAAAAUACAUCUCAAACGCUAUUUCUUGCUCUCAGUGCAGACGCUAUUACCAAGUUUGAUGAGAUUAUUGCCAGCCUUCGAGCAAUUACCUCUAGAAUCAAGCUAUUUAUUAGAUACACAGUUCAAAGCACAGCAGUUUGGCAUGUAACGUCCAUGCUGGACAAGACGAACUGGAUGCCCGACUCAGAGACUGACGAGAUCAGCGUUGAUCUGAAUACUUUGAACAAGAAAAUGGCGUCUGUAAGCAACAUCCUAGACUCCAUCGUGGGCUCUGACCAGAAACAACGAAUUCUGUGCGGCAUACCUUCGUUCAUUGACCAUUUGAUUGUUUCUGAGUCCAAGAGAAUUAUCAAGAUGAACCAGUACGGCGUUCGUCAGCUGUUCUUGAACGUGAGGGUUGCACAAUCGAUGUUGAGGAAUGUGAUGGAAGAUCCUGAGCUGGUGGACUUCAGGAAAACAAAAGCAUAUUUCGAUAUGUUCAGCAGCUCCCAACAAGGGAUCUUGGACCGAAUCCACCAAGACUCCACCAACAUGUUCGAUCUCGAGGAUUACAAAAAUCUCAUCCGGUUGGUGUUCAGCGAAAGUCUGCACAAGAGCAUGUCGAGCAGAUCAACCGGCUCCUACAGUGCCAGCAAGCGAUACGCUGACUGUAUACACAAGCUUGAAGCGAAGUUUAAUCAGUCAUAAUUAGAUGCUAUAUGUGGUCGUGCUCAGAUAUGUUUUUUUUAGCAGCGUGGGUAUCUAGCCUGCGUCUUUUCUGACAGUCUUCCAAAACCAUGGACUCGUCAGACUCGCUGUGUUCUGCGUCUUCCGAGUCCUCGUCGUUGGAAUCAUUCACAGCCUUUUUGAAGUUUUCUUUGAGUUUAUUCAGCCUGUUUGUCAGUUGCUGUGAUGAACUGUGGUGGCUUAUAUGUUUGACAUUACAGUGCUGGAUGGAAA